AUGCGGGUGGAAGCUCCCACUCGAAGCGAUGCCAGUGACUCCGGCCUCUCUGAUAGUGAGGAGAGCGUCUUCUCCGGCCUGGAAGAUUCGGGCAGUGACAGCAGUGGGGACAGCAGUGGAGACGAGGGCCACGACAGGACAGGGAAACCCACUGAGGAGCCACAGGCUGGGACCCCUUUCCCGAGGAUGGAGGAAAUGCAGACCACACUGGCUGAGGACGAGUAUGCAGAGGACAGCUCUGAUGAGGAGGAUAUCCGGAACACCGUAGGCAAUGUGCCACUGGAGUGGUACUCGGACUUCCCCCAUGUGGGCUAUGACCUGGACGGCCGACGCAUCUAUAAACCUCUGCGUACCCGAGAUGAGCUUGACCAAUUUCUGGACAAGAUGGAUGACCCGGACUACUGGCGCACAGUGCAGGACCAGGCAACGGGCCAGGAUGUGAGGCUGACGGAUGAGCAGGUGGCCCUGGUGCAUCGGCUGCAGAGGGGCCAAUUUGGGGAUGUGGGCUUUGACCCUUAUGAGCCAGCUGUGGACUUCUUCAGUGGGGACAUCAUGAUCCACCCAGUGAGCAACCGUCCUGCCGAUAAACGAAGCUUUAUCCCAUCACUUGUAGAGAAGGAAAAGGUCUCCCGCAUGGUACAUGCCAUCAAGAUGGGAUGGAUCCAGCCUCGUCGGCCCCGUGACCCAACCCCCAGUUACUAUGACCUGUGGGCCCAGGAGGACCCCAAUGCCAUCCUGGGACGUCACAAGAUGCAUGUGCCCGCCCCCAAGCUGGCUCUUCCUGGCCAUGCUGAGUCAUACAACCCCCCUCCAGAAUACCUGCUCAACAAGGAGGAGCGCUUGGUCUGGGAGCAGCAGGAGCCCAGUGAGAGGAAGCUCAACUUUCUGCCACGCAAGUUCCCGAGUCUCCGAGCUGUACCUGCUUAUAGCCGCUUCAUCCAGGAGCGCUUUGAACGCUGCCUGGAUCUUUAUCUAUGUCCUCGGCAGCGCAAGAUGAGGGUCAACGUGGACCCCGAAGACCUGAUUCCCAAAUUGCCUCGGCCGAGGGACCUGCAGCCCUUCCCCACGUGCCAGGCCCUGGUCUACAAGGGCCACAGUGAUCUGGUCCGUUGCCUCAGUGUCGCCCCAGGUGGCCAGUGGCUGGCUUCAGGCUCAGAUGAUGGCUCAGUGCGGCUCUGGGAGGUGGCCACUGCACGCUGUAUGAGAACAGUGCCCGUGGGGGCUGUGGUGAGAAGCAUCAUGUGGAACCCCAACCCUGAAGUUUGUCUGGUGGCCGUGGCCGUAGAGGACGCUGUACUGCUGCUAAACCCAGCCCUGGGAGACCGGCUGAUGGCCAGUAGCACUGACCAGCUGUUGGGUGCCUUCAGCCGUCCUGAGGAACCAGCCUUGCAGCCUGCCCAGUGGCUGGAGGUCUCAGAGGAAGAGCGUCAGGAAGGCCUGCGGUUACGCAUUUGCCAUGGCCAGCCAGUGACACAGGUGGCCUGGCAUGGGCGUGGGGACUACCUGGCUGUGGUGUUGGCCACUCCAGGACACACACAGGUGUUGAUCCACCAGCUGAGCCGACGCCGCAGCCAGAGCCCCUUCCGCCGCAGCCAUGGGCAGGUACAGCGCGUAGCCUUCCACCCGUCCCGGCCCUUCCUCCUGGUGGCCUCCCAGCGCUGUGUCCGCAUAUACCACCUGCUGCGUCAGGAGCUCACCAAGAAACUGAUGCCUAAUUGCAAAUGGGUGUCCAGUCUGGCUGUGCACCCUGCAGGUGACAACAUCAUCUGUGGAAGCUACGACAGCAAGCUGGUCUGGUUUGACCUGGAUCUCUCUACACGGCCUUACAAAGUGCUAAGGCACCACAAGAAGGCCCUGAGGGCCGUGGCUUUCCACCCCCGGUACCCACUGUUUGCAUCAGGCUCUGACGAUGGCAGUAUCAUUGUGUGCCACGGCAUGGUGUACAAUGACCUGCUCCAAAACCCUCUGUUGGUACCUGUGAAGGUGCUCAAAGGCCACACGUUAACCCGAGACCUGGGGGUGCUCGAUGUGGCCUUCCACCCAACCCAGCCCUGGCUCUUCUCGUCUGGGGCUGAUGGCACCCUCCGCCUCUUCACCUAG